AGAGAGAGAGAGAGAGAGAACAGUAACUGCGCUUGUCCUCCUUGGACUCAGUUUCAGGACCGACUGACGGGCAGCGCGCGUUGACUGACGGAGAAACUUGAGACCUUUUCAAUGAGAUCUGACGCUUCAAGGGUGUUCAACUCUCCGUGGGAAACUGAAUGAGACGCCUGACAGAAGGAGCUGGGAAAAAAAGGAGAGAAAAACACCGCUCAGGGAGGCUUCGUGAGAUAGAGGGAGAUAUUAGACAGACUGAAAAAAAGGAGAAAAGGAGUGACUGACACCUGCCCUCCAGCUCGGUGUGAAGGGCACAGCAUGGGAGGGUGAGAGGAGGAGAAAACACAGGAGAGAAUGAAGAACACCGGAAAACAAGACCUGCCUUAUUACCAACCUUGCUCAAAUUAGAACGUCUCGUGCUACAAGACAAGAUGAUUGCAAGGCAUUUGCUGCUAUUGGUUGUCCUGUCCCUGUGGGAGGAGCUUCCGGGAUGCGCCUCUGCCAGUAAGAUUGUACGACGGAGAGGAGUGAGUGGAUUGCACACGGUGAAGCUAGGGGAGAGCAGAUCUGCAGGCCAAUGGGAUGGAAGCGAGGAUUCUAAUGCAUUGCCAAUGGUGACCCUUAGAAACACGAUCAGUCACGAACAGGCGAGCGCUACUGGAUCAUUAGCUCACUCCAAAUUAGUGCAUUCGUUGGGAUCAAACAAGGAGAGGCAAUCUUUUAAGCCCAAGCGUGAGGUCGACUCUGUCAGUAAACAAGAGUUACCUCUGUUCAUCUUGUCCAUUAGCAAGGCUUUAAACCAGGAUGGGAAGAAAGGGAAAAACAACACAAAAAGUGUUGAGGCUCCCAGGUUAGAGAAAACAUUUACGAUCCAUCACAAAUCCGACGUGCACGCCAACAAAACCAGGUUCAAAUCUGGUUCUAAGUCCAGGAGUAGAGCUGACCUGAGCACCCGGACGACAGGCGUGCCUGAAAGAGGGCUAAACGUAGAGUCAAACCGAAAACGUAACCUCACCGGUAGUUAUGGUGUGCUGAAGCUGCUGUCAAAAGAAAACUUAGUGCGGAUUGUCAAUUCCCAAAUGCAGAAGGUUCCUGGCCUGAGCUUGCCAAGCAAGGGCAGCCGGAGCAGGAAGAGAGAUUUGAUUGACGUUAAUCACGGACAGUUGGAGGUUCAGAAAGAACCUCGACAAGAUAUGGCUGCCACUCAGUCUCACUUUGGAUACGAUAAUCAGACCGCGUUUCCUUAUGCGAGCAGCGUCACCGACCAAGAUCCCAAUCGAGACCAUGGGACCGAUGCUCGCAGUAAUCCGCCACGUGAAGUCAAGCCAGCCUUGAGCACAGGGCAGGAACACUUGGGAAUACAGAGCUCAGACGGAGGCGAUAACAAGAGUAAACACCUUGUCCAUUUUCUGUCAACACCUCACAGCGAGGUCAGCUCGAGUCCAGCGGACGACGUGGCGGCUGGCCAAACAGAACCUCCAUUCACAAUGACAAAACAUCUACCCAUGUAUGUUCUUCCCGAAAACAACGAUUCCCCUCCAUCUAUGCUGACAAUGCAGCCCCUGGGAGGAAGGCUGGGGAACAGAGCAGCAAAUUCCCACGGAGACCCAUUAACAGAGUCAGCUCACACUGCACAGACAGAGCUCAGCACAGAUCACUAUCUCACAGAUGAAGAUUACAAACUUGUCAACAGCAGCCAUGUGCUGAGGCUCCACCCUGCUCCCAAAUGGAGCCACGGCACAAAGGACACCGAGGUGCGAGCUGUGGAUUCAGAGAAUGGAAUGGGUCUUGUGUUUGAGGAAGCAGAAUCCGAGGUGGAAGAGCCACGUGACCCUAUGGAGAGGAGGGGGGCACGCUCUCGCAGCAGGAGGAGCUGGAUAUGGAACCAGUUCUUCGUGAUCGAAGAGUACGCAGGGCCAGAACCGGUGCUCAUCGGACGGCUCCACACUGACAUGGACAGGAAUGAUGGCCGCACUAAGUAUAUCCUGCGAGGUGAGGGGGCGGGCUCCGUCUUUGUGAUAGACGAGAAAACGGGUAACAUUCACGUCACCAAGCCGCUGGACCGCGAAGAGAAAGAUGAGUACCGUCUCAUUGCCACGGCCACCGACAGGCAGACCGAACGUCCCCUGGAGCCCUCGUCACAGUUCAUAAUUCGAGUGCAGGACAUCAACGACAACCCUCCUGUUUUCGACGAGGGCCCCUACACCGCCACCGUGCCUGAAAUGGCAAAUAUAGGCACGUCUAUAAUCCAGGUGACGGCGACAGAUGCUGAUGACCCGACAUAUGGGAACAGCGCCAAGCUUGUGUACACACUGGUGCAGGGCCAGCAGUACAUCUCUGUCGAUCCCAAGGCAGGUAUUCUACGCACAGCUGUGCCUGACAUGGACAGGGAGACCCAGGACCAGUACUUAGUGGUGCUUCAGGCCAAGGACAUGGGUGGACACCUGGGAGGACUGUCUGGGACCACCACUGUCACUGUCAAGCUCACUGAUGUUAAUGACAACCCUCCUCGUUUCACCCAGAGUAUGUGGUCAUUUUCCGUUUCCGAGCUGGCCAUCCCGGGUGCUGAGAUCGGACGCAUCUCGGCCACCGACGCCGACCUCGGUGAGAAUGCCAAACUGGAGUACAUCAUCCUGGAGGGGGAGUCUGGGGACACCUUCAACAUCACCGGCUUGGACCAAGAGGCGCUCAUCACGCUCAACAAGGCGGUCGACUACGAGAGUCGGAGUUCCUAUUCAUUUUCUGUGGAGGUCCUAAAUCCCAUCGUUGAUCCUCGCUUCCUACCUCGAGGCCCCUUUAGGAACCGAGCUUCGAUCCGAGUGGCUGUGCUGGAUGCUGAUGAGCCACCACGGUUCUCCCGGUCCCGAUACCUCAUGGAUGUAUCAGAGAACUGCCCUCCAGCCUGCACGGUGGGCCGGGUCAGCGCUGUAGACCCAGAUACGGGUCUGACCAACAACAUCAGAUUUUCCAUCGAUCCCCAGUCUGAUCCAGAGGCUUUGUUUCGAAUCACCCCAGACGCCGGCCUCAUCACCACAGCCAUGGAGUUGGACCGCGAGCGUGAGCACUGGCACAACAUCACAGUCAUCGCCACCCAGCGAGACAACCCCAACCAGGUGUCUCGAGUUCUGGUUGCAAUAGAGACUUUAGACCUCAAUGAUAACGCGCCUGAGCUUGACAGGCAGUACACAACAGCAAUGUGUGACUCGUCCAACAUCGGAAAGGUGGUGCAGGUGCUGCGAGCGAUUGAUAGAGACGAGGGAGGGAACGACAGCACCGUGUAUUUCAGCAUCCCUCCAGAAUCCACCGCUGCCCUCAACUUCAGCGUCAGAGACAGCGGCGGCCCCACAGCCAGCCUGGUGCUGCUGUCCCAGCUCCAGCCGCUGUCCCGCUCCUCAUCCUCCACCUUGACGCUGUACGUCCCACUCGUCCUGAGGGACGGGACGUCGGGUCUCACCAGCACGGGGACGGUCACCGUGUCUGUCUGUCCCUGCCUGAGGGGAGGGGCGCGAGCUGGGGAGAAAGAGAAGGAUAAGCAGGCUGAAGGGGAAUGGGACUGGGAGAAGGAGGCUGUGUGUCUCCCACAGCAGUCCAUGCUGCCGUCUCCUGGACUCAGCACCGCCGCCCUGCUGGCCAUCCUGGCUUGCGUUGCUACACUACUGGCGGUGAGCGCCCUGUCUCUGUCCCUGCGCCGUCAGAAGCGAGACUCCCUGUCACCGUUGGAGGAGGACGACGUGCGUGAGAACAUCAUAACGUAUGACGACGAGGGUGGAGGAGAGGCCGACACGGCAGCCUUUGAUAUCUCUGCACUUCAGAGUGCUCCGCACAGCUCCCGCUCACGUGGCUAUCGCACCCUAGACAGCAGGAAUAUCCGUUACACCCAGCACGGUCAAGACAAGUCCCGCACCUACAGCUGGGCUCAGACUCCAGGAGUAGAUCACACCUAUUCAGCACCCGGAGGACCUGGAGGACCCGUUUAUGGUCGUCUCUGCUACAGCAGCCACACAUUACCGGUUCUUCGCCGUACACCAGGUGGAACAUUUGACCCAGGCUUGGCAGAACUGGCAUAUUGCAUUCCAGGAGGUCAGCCAGACCAUUCCCUGGUCAUCCAGAACCAAGGAGCCAUGGUCGGGCCAAAGGAGACGGGAGCGAUGUACGUCGCUCCCACAGACCUCAGUACAGGAAGCCGAACGGGGAGUCGCACGGGCAGCCGCGACGGGACAGCGACGCAAAGUGGAGUUAGCACGUCCAAUGGAGGGACUCCAAGAACCAAUGACAGCAAGGAGAGAGGAGGAGGGUCAGGAGCAACGAACAGCUGCGUAGAAGAAAGUAGUGAGGACAGAGUCAACCACAAUCAAGAUCUGGACUGGGUGCAGUCAGAGACGUUGCCCCGGGAGCACAACCUCGUCAUGACCCGGUCUGGCUCUCUGAUCAGCCAGGGUCACCUCGCCGGAGGCUGGGUGUGUGACUCAGCGACCCUCCCCAUUGCAGGACGCAGGGCCUCCCGUUCUGGCUUCUCCCCAAAACGUACAAGCACUGGUCUUGCCGAGCAUGACCCCAGCGGAGAUGGAGGCGGUGGGAACGGAGGAGGAGGGGAUGGGGGAAACGGAGCCAGAAAUGGAAAUGGCGGUACUUCAAGAGAUGGACGUAACUAUGCCCCUGUCCUGCAGGGGGAGGUGUCUGGACAAAGAGACUAUUCGGGUACUCUUGGGAGAGGAGGACUGGAAAUGGGGAGCAACUUUGUGGUUCCACGACCAGACAGGGAGAUUGGAGGACUAUCACUGACAGGGAGCCCACCUGUCUACCCGGAGACAGCUGGAUUUAUGGGGGACUGGCGAGAUCAAAUGGGGUUGGGGGGAUAUGUUUUGGGUAGGAGGGACAUGAGCCCUCAGCUUUUGCCUUUUCCGGGCCAGCCUCGAGGAACCUAUGGUGGAGUGAUGGGCUACGGGCCCAGUUGGGUUCCUGGGAUGGAGGCAGUGAGAGGGCCACCUGGGCCAGGCGGUCCCUCCUUGGCACUGAGAGUCGGUGAGUUCCUACGGCUGCGUCUCGCUCAGGUCACGUAUGACCCCUCACAGCCACCGUACGACUCCGUGCAGGUGUAUGGCCUGGAGGGGACAGGAUCCAGGGCCGGAUCCCUCAGCUCACUGGAGAGUGAGGGAGAGAAGGAGGAUUGGGGGGCGGGGCUUGAAGAAUGGGGGCCCCAGUUUCAAAAAUUAGCACAGCUCUUCAAAAACAGAGAAAAAGCAAAGGAAGAUCAGGAAGACAUUGAAGAGGGUGCCAAAAAGGAGAGGGGGAUAAAAGACGAGCUGGAAAAGAAGGAUAAAAAUGAGCAGGCUGGAGACGAAGGGAAAGACUGAGGGGAGGGGACAAAAAGGAAACCAAUGGAGGCAGAGGAGGCAGAGAGGAAGGGAGGGACUAGGAGGACGAUGAAAAGGCAACUAGAGCUGGAAUAAUGUGAAGAGAAGUUAAAGGGGAGAAAGAUGAAGAGGCAAAGUAAUAAAAAGAGACAGAGAAAAAUGAGCCUAGGGAGGAUGGAGAAUGCGAGGGCAGGAGAGGGAGUGAUUGAUGUAAUUUAAAGCAAUAAGUGUUGAAACGCUGAUAUGGUUGAGCACAGAUACUGAGACAAUGCAGAGGCUGCUUCGGCUCGGGGCAGCAACAAUUUGUUAAACGCUUCGGACAAAGAAAAACAACCCAAACAUCCCAGACUCCAUUUAAUUCAGCUCUCGCGUAUGGCAUGAGAAUUAGCUAGAAGAGGGAGACGUUCCUCCCCGGCCUGGACUUUGUGUCUGGAAAACACGUCUGUGCACUGAGGAAACAAACACACUUGUUGGUGUGAGUGUGAUGCUGUAAAACCAGCACAGGGACAGUUUAAAGACUCAACAGGGGCAACAUUAGCUGUAGGGUUGAUGUGCAUAAACAAACAUUCAACAAAGUUUAGAAACUAGGCUAACACACAAAGGGAAGGAAAGAGGAACAAGGAACAGGGUGGCAAGAAUGUGUGGAGACGGUCUUCUAAGUGAAGCGAUUGUACAGAAAACUGUUACUUUUUACUCCAUCUGAUGUGGCAGAAAAGUGAAUAAUUCAGCUCGCUACUCCAUUCCAAAUGAAAAGGAUGAAUCAUUUAAAUCCUGCAAAAGAUUCUCCCUCCUUUCAGCCCAUGAGGAAAGCAGACAUUGUGAAAAAUGUUAAUGAUUUAGGGACGAGAUCCCUCUUUCCCUGUCAUGCCCUCAGCUUUUUUGUAAUUCAGUGUUGAUAUGUUUACAGAGAUUCACACACACACACACACACACACACACACACACACACACACACACACACACACACACACACACACACACACACACACACACACACACACACACACACACACACACACACACACACAAAGGAACUGAUUAAAGUACGGCUUUGAUUGUACUAAAGUCAAAUGUAAAAGCUGAAUAUUCUGUGGAUUUUUAAAGCUUUUCUCACUAUUUUCAUGGAUGGACCCGUCCCCCAUGAAACCAACUGCUGUAGUCGGACUUUUCACACUUGAGGAUAAAGUAUGCAUGGCUCUUUUGGACACCUGCACUGCCCUAAUAAAGAAAUUUCCACGGA